CCGGAGGGAAAUAAGGAAGUGGCUGUGUUUUAGGUGUGCAGAGCUGGCGCGUGCUCCCAAUGGAGUCUGAGUUGGCACCUCGCGCGAGUGGCCCCUUGCUAAGUCCAGCAGAGCUACUGGCAGCUCGUACGCGUGAUCGCAAGAUUGUCCAGCGGACUCAUGGCCAGAAAGAUUUUAUCUCUGAUGGCUCAGAAGAACAAGAGGAGAAGCUGCGGCAGUGCCGGGAUGAACACUGGCAGCUCUUGCAGGAGGAACGUGUGGAGCGAUUGGGAAGUCUGGUGAAAGCUGAAUGGAAGCCACUGAAGGGUAUUAUAGAGCUAAAAUCCCCUGCUGGAAAAUUCUGGCAUAAUAUGGGGUUCACACAACAUGGAAAGCAGUGCUUGCUGCCAGAGGAAGCCCUGUAUCUCCUGGAAUGUGGCUCUAUUCAGCUGUUUUACAAAGACUUGCCCUUAUCAAUUCAGGAAGCCUAUGAGAAUCUGCUGCCCCAGAUGUCAGUGAGUCUGCUGAAGUACCAGGUAUUUAGCCACUUGAAGAGACUUGGUUACAUUGUGCUGAGAUUCCAUUCCAGCACUAUGUCAACGCCUUAUGAGGGGCAGCUGAAUCUGGGCAGCCACCAUCAGAAUGCAGAGAGACACCAUCAGAAGCGGAAAAGGAGUCCUAGCCAUCGGUUGCGUGACAAGAAACCCAGAACACGUGAGAAAACUCAGGAAUGCACACAGCCACCCAGAAAGGCUGGGAGGCGUCAUGAGAGUUCCAGCCACCCAACAUCAGCUGGAGAAAAUUUAUCUGGGGUGAUGGUAAAGGACCCUGAUCCUGGAGUUGCAGUUGUGGAGACCAUCCCAUCUUCCAGUGACACAGAACAAUGUUAUCAGUCUCCUGUAGUUUGUAUCGGAGAUCACCAUGAGAGAUCUGCCAUGGCAUCUUGGGAAAGUCAGGGUAGCACUUGUCUAUCUCGCUGGAAUUUUACCACUAUAACUUUCCCCAACAUGGGUGCUGAUUGCCCACAAACCUUCCUGCCGCAGCCUGAUAAAAAAUUCCUCCCAGAGAAUGUAACUGCACGGGAGGUUGAUGCGACCAGGUGGCGCAGGAAGCUCAACCAGAAGUGUGAGAAAUUGUCUCACAAAGAGCGGAAGCAUCUCGAGUGGGAGAGAAGGCACAAAAGCAGCGUCAAUGAGGAUAAGGAGGUCAGACAGUGCUCCACCUGGCAGGAGUACAAGGCUCUCCUAAAAGAGAGGAGACGACAGAAGAAGAAGAGAUACCCAGCAAACCUCUGGCAACAGGCUGUCACCCCACUUCUGGAGCCAGAUCAAGGUCUUCCAACAGCUGAUAUACUCCAGAAGAUCAGUGUACUCCAGCCUUCCCACAUCCUGGAUGGAGCAUCCCAGUUGCAGGAAGAUUCCAGAGGCAUGAAUAUAGAUUUUGAUGUAUAUCCAGCAGACACAGCUUCUAGCUUUAAGAAGAAUAAACCUGGGAAGCCUUUUGUCCGGAUGUGUGUUCGAAGCUUUGAUGAACAGAUCCCAACUCUGAGGGCAGUGAAACAGCUUGCUUACCAAAGUGGAGAUGUCCCAGUGGUCUUCGCAUUAGUAGACAAUGGAGACAUUGCUUUCUACUCUUUUAAAGAGUUCAGAUUGCCUGUAGAUGUGUAUCCCUGAUUGAUGCUGCUGUCACCUGGAAAAACAUCUUUGUGACUGCACUGUCUUUUGUGCAUAUGUAUGACAUGUACUCAGGGCGUUGCUCAGCUUGAUACUGCAUAGAAGCUCUGACAACUAAUAUUGUACUAUCAGUGGAUACACAAGAAAACUUCUUGUUUGUGAAAGCAAAGUGCAAUUCAAAUAUGUUCUUCCUUUACUGCAUCACCUCAGUACUUCCCAGUCAGAGAUGUAUAGCUAGUUUUAUUCUUUUAACAUAUCAGUUCUCUAGUUUUAAUAUAUCUCGACUGAAAUUCUCUGGAUUUCUUUUUUGCACCUACAGAAUAGACUCUGGUUAACUGGGAACCGUUGUAUGAAAACUGUACUGAAUGGUGCACAUAAAUUUUUGCUGUAAAUUAAUAAUCCAGUUGGGGUUUUAGUAGUAUCUAAUAACUGGGAUCUAACUAUGUCAGAUUAGAUCCUUUGAUAUCCACAACAGAAUUCUGCCACCAGAUGUAUCUGUUAGCGUUUAUUUAGCAACUAGGUUGAUGUUUGGUCUGAAAUAUGGUAUCAGUGAUCUCCACCAACUGGUAAGACAUAGAAAUUACAAGGUACUAUUGCAAUAAUAUUC